AAAACAACUCCUGAGCUUCACGCAUGGUUGGGUUGUUCCUUGACUCACUCCCCUAGCCUACUAUUCUUCCUCCCUUUCUCUCCCAAGAGAGUCCUCUCCUGCUUCUUUCGGAAUCGCACACUCCGAGCGACGUCUCGUCGCUGCUUUGCGUUUCGCUUCCGCAAGGUGCCCGAACGCCGACUUUCGCGUCGUAGCGUGACGAUCACGACACAACGGUCAGCUUUCAGGACGAUCAGGCUGGUCAGGACGUUAGGCUCUUGAGCAGCGGCGCGAGACACCCUCUUCAGCAUUGCUCGCCGUUGGACGGCCAGGACGAUCAGCAGUGUCAGAGGGACCAUGCUAGUCACGGCGGUAGGCUCUUGAGCAGCUACUUGAGACAUCCGCUUCCGCAUUGCUCGCCGUUGGAUGCUCAGCUACUGAACGGUCAUAACGGCCGGAACGCUCAGGACGGUCAGACUGAACGGUUUUAACGGUCAUAACGGCCGGCACGCUCAGGACGGUCAGACUGAACGGUUUUAACGGUCAUAACGGCCGGCACGCUCAGGACAGUCAGCGCAGUCAGACGGGACGGCCAUAGCGGUCAGGGGGAGAGACAGUUAGCCUAUUUCGCGCGAAUCCCGAAUUUCCAAGCCAAGGUGGCACAACGGCGGCCUUUUGCUCCACCUAGUGAAGGUCUGUAUAGCAGGCAACACACAGGGGAGACAGCUAAGCCCCCAGAGUGUGGAGCAGGGGAGGUAGGGAGUGUUUGAGAAUUCUCAAAAAUCACCUACAGCAAGCGAAGCACAGGGGACACAGCUAAGCCCGGAGUGUGGAGCAGGGGAGGUAGGGAGUGAGGGGGCCGUGGGGGAGGAGGCGGGGAGUGUGGGGGAAGGAAACGAUGGCGGGCUCGUCGCUGUCGUCGCUGGAGAAGAGCAUCCUGGAGUUGUGCCAGGAGAACCCCGAGGGCCUAUCCGACAAGAUUCUCGAGUCGGAGCUCUCAUACGUUCCUCUGGCCGACCGGGUCGGUGCCAUCAAUGGGCUGCUCCAGAAGAGAGCGCUUCAGCUAUUCAAAUCGGGAGAUACCCUUGUUUACAAGCAUGUCAGCCAAGAUCAAGCCGUGCAGUUCAAGGGGCUGAGUUCCGAGGAUCUGCUUCUCUACCAGGCGAUCAAGCAGGCGGGCAAUGCAGGUAUCUGGACUCGCGACAUGAAGAUGAAGACCAAUCUGCAGCAGCCACAGAUCACCAAGAUCAUCAAGACGCUGGAAGGCAGGAAGCUCAUUAAGGCGGUGAAAUCAGUCAAUAACAAGAGCCGCAAGCUCUACAUGCUGUUUGAGCUCGAGCCAUCCCGGGAGGUGACAGGAGGCGCGUGGUACACGGAUGCUGAGUUCGACGCCGAAUUCAUCCAGGCGCUAAGACAGCUGUGCUUGGCGCACAUAGUGAAGCAGGGAGGAGAUACAUUGGAGGGGGUGGUGGAGGCGGUGAGGAGGGCUGGCAGCGGGGGCAGGGAGGACCUGAGAAUGGAAGACUUCAGACAGGUCAUCAGCACGCUGGUGUUUGAUCGGGAGCUGGAUGUGUUCAUCAGCACAGGCACUGGCAAGGACUCCCGAUUCCCCGUGGGAGCGGAGGUGUAUCGGCCAUCUAGAUCUCGAGCUCCAGAAUCAUCCGCAUUCACCAACAUUCCCUGCGGUGUCUGCCCUGUAAUCAACGAGUGCUCAGACGGGGGAAUUAUCUCACCUCAAACAUGUGUGUACUUUCAACAGUACCUCAACUUCUAGUGCCAUGUAAAAUAUGCCACAUCUCUCAAAAUAACGCAAUGAACUAGAAUGAGUGAUAUAGGGUGGUUUUGUCCUAAUUAGUUGUACUCUCUAUGAGCAUGCACCUAUCUAGCCUAAAACAUAUACAAAUAUAUAUUGACACACCUC